AUGACCGAUGGUGCUGCUUUUAUUCUCUCAUCAAGAAUAAACAAAUUACCACCUACGCACCCUUUCCAUGCUGCGUUCCAAGGGCUGGUCUCCGAAAAGGAUGAUCACUGGACCUCGGGCCAAUGGAUGACUGAGAGAGCCGGUGGCAGCGACGUCCAAAAUACCGAAACAUGGGCUACAUACUCGCCGCUAACUACCUCGGGCACUGACCCCCUAGGCGAAGGCGACUACCUCAUCAGCGGAUUCAAAUUCUUCUCCUCAGCAACAGAUGCAAACAUCGCUCUUCUACUCGCGAAAACACCAUCCGGAAAGCUGAGCACGUUUCUCGCGCCCUUGCGACGGACUGUGGUGGGAGCCGACGGCGUCACUAAGGUUGUAUCUAAUGGUGUUAGGAUUCACCGGCUGAAGAACAAACUCGGUACGAAAGAAUUGCCGACCGCAGAAUUGGAACUAAAAGACAUGCGCGCGCAUCUUCUUGGAGAGCUAGACCAGGGUAUACCCACUAUCGCGCCUCUUCUCAACGUCACCCGGCUUCAUACCUUUAUUGGCUCGCUGGCUGGAUGGCGCCGAGCUAUUAGUAUCACAAAGAGCUUUGCAAAAGCAAGAACUACUGUCGGCGAACCGCUCUGGUUGAUCCCAAUGCAUUUGCGACUUCUCGCGGACUUGGAAGUAAAACACCGGGGUGCAAUGGGCCUUGGAUGGUUCACUGUUGCUUUGUUUGGGGUAGUUGAGGAUCAAAAAUCGUCAUCCAAUAAGCUCGCGCACCUACCUCAACCCGGUAAGGAAGCUGAUGUGGUUUUCCGUACCUUGACUGCUACAGCAAAGGCUGUUAUCAGUAAGAUGGCCACUGCCGGAAUUCAAGAAUGUCAGGAAUCGAUGGGUGGAGUCGGAUAUAUGGAUGAGGCUGACGAGCCUGAGUUCAACAUCUCUCGGAUUAUGCGCAAUAAUGCAGUAAAUUCUAUCUGGGAGGGUACUACCAACGUGCUAGCCAGCGAGUUCGUCCGCUUCCUCAUCAAAAAGAACAACCUGAAAAUAUUCAGAGCAUGGCUUGACCGUGCCUUAGCUUUGAUUCAGAGCGCAGAUCUGCGGUACGCCCUCACAGCUGCGUGGUCAACUUUGGGUGCUCGUUUCACGACCCAAGAUCCAGCUUCGACUGUCGCCGAUGGCCGUCGCUUCAUGUUUACUCUGGCCUGGAUUCUGUCCGGUGCUCUUCUGGCCCUUGAUGCUGAACGUGAUAAUGAACCUGUGACAAUAGAGAUUGCUCGUCGCUGGAUCUUCAGUGCUGAGGGUGGUGUGGGAGAUCAGGUUUUCCAUGACAUUGUUACCGUCAGUGGCGCUGCUAGUGCUACCUCUGGAGGUGAGGAGCAUCUGCAAUGGGACUGUCGCAUUGCCUGGGGAAUCGAUCUGCCGGCGAACCGUGCUUCCGGUCACCGGUCCUUGCAAAAAGCAGGCUCGAAACUUUGA